AUGGAUCACUCGCUUGUGGGCCAGCGUCGGUCCUUUGAUGGCCAGCUGUGCACCAUCCGCUACGUGGGCAGUGUCCAAGGCACCGCUGGCGACUGGUUAGGCGUUGAAUGGGACGACGCAACUCGAGGAAAACAUGCGGGGGAACAUAAAGGAGUCCGUUAUUUCACUUGCAAAAGCAAAUACCCCACGGCGGGGUCUUUCGUCCGUCCCUCAAGGCCAUCAGAUCCGCCUAGAAGUUUUCUGGAGGGACUGCGUGAAAAAUACGCCUCUGAAUCUGAGCAGGACCUUUCACAAGAAGGCAACCCAAAUGGAGCUUCCUCUAAAAGGCUCAUUGAGAUUAGUGGCAAGGUUGUUGAAGAAGUCGGCUUCGACAAGAUCCGCAAACAGCUUGCGGAAUUGCAAGAACUGCGGAUUGUGCUACUAGAUGGCCUACUAAUUUCCGGGGUUCUAUCAUCUUAUGACCAACCGGAGGAUCAAGUUGAUCAGUUUGUCCAAAAUAUUGCAGCCACUUGCCCGCAAAUUACAGAGCUGGACCUCAGCCGCAGUUUGUUGACCAGCUGGCGUCACGUUUGGCAGAUUUGCAGCCAGCUUAAGAAGCUGAGAAAGUUGAAAGUGAACGGCAACCGAUUCCAUCCUUUGGAAGAUGGCUUUGUCUUCGAAGGGGUCACUGAGCUUCAUCUGGAAGAGACAUUAUUGAGUUGGGACGAGAUUGUAGAAGUUGCAUCACGAUUCCCAGCUCUGAAAUCCCUCACGGCUUCAGGCAACCAACUCUCUACGAUAUCUCGACCACUAUCUGGGAACAUCACCAAGCUCGUCCUGGAGAAUAAUGAUUUCACUUCUUUAUCAGAAAUCCGCAAUCUGGCGAAAUACUCGACCCUGGAACAUCUAUCACUACGAGGAAACAACGUCAGUACCAUCAAUUCUGAUAACGAUACCAUUGCAGACUUCCACUUCUCAAAAUCCCUGCACUCACUCGACCUAUCUCGCAACAACAUUCCCUCGUGGUCCUUCCUCAACAACCUCUCAAUCAUGUUUCCAGCUGUCGCAACCCUCCGCAUAUCUGGAAACCCUCUUUACGACCUUUCUCCGCUUCCGCCCGCCGUCGCAGCAGCAACCUCUACCAUGAGUGCCUCCAAACCAAUGACGGUCGACGAAGGCUUCAUGCUCACUCUAUCCCGCUUCCCACCUUCCCUCUGCGUUCUAAACUUUAGCGUUAUCUCGCCGCAAGACCGCUCGAAUGCAGAGAUGUAUUACCUUUCACUGAUCGGAAAGGAAUUAUCCGCUACGACCGCCGCAGAAGAAGAACCCGUCCUCGCCGCUCACCCACGCUACGCCGAGCUGUGCGAUCUAUACGGCGAGCCAACAAUCACAAGGGCCGUCAUUGGUGAUGCCUCAGGGGGAAGAGUGAUUCAUCCGAGAUCCGUUGCGGCGGGAUUAGUAAAAAUGGUAUUCCGUUUACAUAAAAAGCCAGGCAAAUCAGACCCGGAGACUCAAGUGAAAGAGAUCCCCUCAUCUCUUGAUUCAUACCAAGUGAAGGCGCUAGUAUCCCGGCUUUUUGGGCUUGAGCCAUACGGGUUCAAGCUUAUCUGGGAAACGGACGAAUUUGACCCUGUGGAGAAAACGACAGUAGACGAUGGUGUGGCGGACUGGAAUGAGGAUAGUGAUGGCGAGAUGCAUGUAUCUGAUAAGGCGUCUGCUUCGGCUGAUACGAGUCGGUUCAUGCGAAGAGAGGUGGAGUUGUCGGAAUCAACAAGGGAUAUUGGCUACCUGUUCCAAGGCGAAACGGGAGAGGUUAGAAUUAGAGUAGAAGUGCCACCUUCAUAG